AUGGCUGGCUCGCUAGCUGCAGAGAUGGCGUCUCUUAACGUCGCCAGCGCCAAUGCCGCGGCCCGCUUGGGGUCGUGCCAGUCUAUCCGCGGCGCGAGAGUGCAGGGGGUGCAGAAUGGGUGCAAGGUAGCCAUGACCGCUAGUGUAGCUCGCCCGUCCGCGUCGACCGAUGCGAAGAAGCACAAGAUGGUAACCAAUCAGAGGGCGCACACCAUCAGCCCCGAGAGACUCGAGCUUGUACAGUCGCUCGAGGGCUGGGCCGAGGAAACUCUCCUUCCGAUGCUCAAGCCCGUGGAGUCGUCGUGGCAGCCGUCUGACUUCCUCCCGUCACCUGAGAAAGAGGGCUUUCUUGACGAAGUCAAGGAGCUGCGCGAGCGGGCGAAGGAGUUACCCGACGAGUAUUUCGUCUCGCUCGUCGGCGACAUGAUCACGGAGGAGGCGUUACCGACGUACCAGACGAUGCUCAACACGCUGGACGGCACGCGCGACGAGACGGGCGCGAGCCCGACCCCGUGGGGCAUUUGGACGCGGCAGUGGACGGCGGAGGAGAAUCGCCACGGCGAUCUGCUCAACCGCUACCUCUACCUCACGGGCCGCGUCAACAUGCGUGCCGUGGAGAAGACGAUCCAGUACCUCAUUGGAUCCGGCAUGGACCCCAAGACGGAGAACAACCCGUACCUGGGCUUCCUCUACACGUCGUUCCAGGAGCGCGCGACGGCCAUUUCGCACGGCAACACGGCGCGGCACGCGGUGUUCAAGGGGGAGAAGAACCUGGGGCGCAUCUGCGGGCUGAUCGCGGCGGACGAGAAGCGGCACGAGCGCGCGUACCAGGCGAUCGUGGGCAAGCUGUACGAGCUCGACCCCAACGGCGCCAUGCUCGCCUUCGAAGACAUGAUGAAGAAACAGAUCGUGAUGCCUGCGCACCUGAUGUACGACGGGGAGAACGACAAGCUGUUUGACGCGUUCACCAUGGUGGCGCAGCGCACGGGCGUGUACACGGCCAACGACUACGUGAGCAUCAUCGAGCACCUCAUUGCCAGAUGGAACGUUGAGAAGAUUGAGGGGCUCGAUGCUGACGGGCGCAGGGCACAGGAGUAUGUGUGCAAGCUGCCGCCGCGCAUUCGCAAGCUGGCUGAGCGAUCAGCGGACAAGCUCAAGAAGGCGGGGCCGAAAACGGGCAAGUUUAGCUGGGUGUUCAACAGGGAGGUUGUGCUUGUGUAA